GUUUUCAUCGAUCCACCCUCACUGAAACGCGACAUCUCUUUACCAGUACAUGCUUUGAACAGAAAUCUUUUAUAUGUCCUUAACAUUGAAGCUAUGAUAUAAAAGUAACUUUUCUGUCACCAGACGGCUGCAUCUCGUGCUCCACCAUAGAUUAUUGUUUCCUGGCACGUGUAUACGAUCCACUUACCAGCGCGAUGUCCCCAUCCGACAUGUCGUUCAUCGAAGAGCGCAGACCAGCUCCUAUCGACCGACUUUUUGUCGAAAUUCUCAUUUACAUAUUUCAUCUGUGUAUUCUCGACCGCAGUUCUUACUUCGAGCCUUUCGAUGUUAAUGAUUACCAGAGGGGCCCAUGGAAGCUUGGGCAAAUAUGCUCGCCCUGGAGGCAAAUUGCCAACAACAUGCCGACUUUGUGGACACAUAUAUCACUUGCCGAUGACGGCGUCGUGAAGGAGCCCGUGUCUAGGUUCAAGAUAGCAUUGGAGCGCUCUUCCUACCUCGCCCUGGACCUGGAGUUAUCCAUUUACUUCAGGUAUCCUCUCAAGGUGAAGAGGUCGAUCUAUCAGCUCGCUAUUACUCAGUCGUGACGGUGGGAGCACUUAACAAUCACCCCUGAUCGCGAUGCUAUUCAUUUUUUGCCCGACAUUCCUGGCUGUCAGCUUAACAAACUGUCUCACCUGACAGUCCAUUGUCAUGAAUUGCGGACACCUCAAUAUAUUGAUGCAUUCCAGGAUGCCCC